UAGCAUAAGUCCCAACUAUAGUUGGGAUUGAAGCUAUAGUUGGGACGAAACAGCUGCGCGCUACCCAUGUUAGACCCAGGACCAGACUUCUAAGUCUUAACAUUGUGAAUGUUUACAGUUGAGAGACCUGGAAAUGUGCAGUGCGUCAUGAUUGGAUCUGCAUUGAGCUCUCUUUUUCGACGGGCUAAAAUAAGCAGAAUUUGGUCGCGGUGUAGUCAUCGUAUUGGCGGUCACAGCGGCAGUUACUCGGCACGGCCGGCGGCGCCGGGCUUGCUAAGACGAGUGACAUGUGCAUGUGGUGUGCUCGGGCAUGUCAGGAGGCCACGUUCAAGUUGUUAUGCAUAUCCUUUUCGGACUGAUAGUAUUGGCCAGACACAUUCUUCAUUCCUUUCUGGGAAGGAUGGAGUGUACAGUUGUACUGCAGGUCUCUGCCGUUCCACCGAUUCCUCAGAUGGGAAACUUGAUGCUUUGUCCUUUGACACCAUGGUGGAGGACAUUUUGGAAAGUCUGUUAGACUUCUUUGAGCAGCUCGGGGAUGAAGAAGACGUCCACGAGGAUUUUGAUGUUACAUAUUCGUCUGGUGUUUUAACAGUUAAAUUUGGGCCCAACCAUGGCACCUAUGUCAUCAACAAGCAGACACCCAACAAACAGAUCUGGCUGUCAUCCCCAACAAGUGGUCCCAAGAGGUACGACUUCACGGGUGACGACUGGGUAUACUCCCACGAUGGCGUCCCCAUGCUCCACCUGCUUUCGGAGGAAGUCUCCAGAAUUAUUGGGAAAGAUCUCAACAUAUACAAAGUGAUAAAAGUAAAGGGGACGUGACACAGCCUUUUAUUAUGAAAUGACUAUACACAUCAGUUGUAUUACUGGCAUUGAUGUAUUUUGUACAAUGAAGCAGUGUUUCCGUUGUCGUUGAUUCUUGGUAAAGCUUGCAAUCAGGAUAUACUCAAAUAAUUCGGAAUUUCUUCCAUUUGCCUGCGAAAUUUUCAAAUGCUGCUGAAUCCAGUGGGAAUGCCGACUCCUGGGGUGUUGUCUCUUGUAAUUUCUUCAAAAGUUCAAAUUCUCCCCAAAUCCUCCAUCGUACAGUAAACCCUGGGGCACAUUCUUUACACUUUCCACGUUCUAGGAGCAUCCAACCAAAUGUCACGCAGUUACGAUAUGGGCUCUCAUGCUGCCGCAGUUGACCCUGUGAAGGCCCUGCAAAACUCCCAUUGGACAUUGAGGGAUAGGUUUGUUUUGGGGGGGGAGGGGAGGUUAGGACAAUCAGCAUGGAGCAGUCUCUGUGCCGUUUUGGUGAUAGAAGCAGUGGGCCUCAACUUCAUUUUGUCAUGGAGCAGAUCUUACUUUAGCAAGACCAGGAGUAAACUUUAAUCGAAGACCAUUGGCCGAGUGUUGUCUAUCAUCGAAAUUUGCCCAAAGUUUCCAGUGACCUUUGAUAGUGACUUGUUGCAGUUUGAUGAUGGAAAAUUAUUAAAUUAUUAAGAUAACAAAGCUCA